AUGGCAUUUCGUACCGCCUACUGCCUGUUCAUCGUUUUCAUUGCGGCCAGCGCUGCAGCGACCCCGUACUCGCCAACCUACGACUAUGGCUUCGAUGCAGCAAAGCUGGUAAAACGCCAGACGCAGGAACCCAUACUUGUCAGCAAACUUCCCUCCAUUAACGGGUCCGUUCCAAUUCGGCUGGAGAUUCGACAGAUGAAGCAGAAUCCAUACAAGUGGAAUUUGUUUGUGCUCUCCAUGAGCAUGUUACAGUACACCAACCAGAACGACGAGCUUUCGUGGUACCAGAUCGCAGGCGAGUACCUUUCAUCGAGCAUUCUCUUCCGUUUGGUCCAGACAAUCGCCACUUUGUUCACCGACCCAAGUGAACGCGCCCUUUAUCACGCAGCUGCGGUCGAUUGGCGGAUUCCAUAUUGGGACUGGGCAAUGCAGCCGCCAACGGGGGAGGCCGUGUUCUUACCCGAGUUUGAGUCGCCUGGAAUCCAGAUAUACGGUCCCAACGGAUGGCAGUACAUUGCGAAUCCCCUCCACAGCUACCAGUUCAAACCGCUCGACCCGAAGGUUUUCUCUGAAGGCGAUUUUCCCACAUGGACAGAGACCAAACGAGCGCCUUACGAGAUCGCAGACAAUCAUAGCAUAGCGCAAUCCAUCGAACAUGCGAGGCCGGCUCUUCAGCAGAGACUCUACACUCUUUUAUCAAACUACAAGGACUACGGACCCUUCAGCAACAAGUACUGGGGCACCGCAACCAACCAGUCCCAGUUCGACUCGGUCGAGGCGCUUCACGAUGCAAUGCACGUGCUGGUGGGCGCCCGCGGGCACAUGUUCUACAUCCAAUAUUCCGCUUUCGAACCGAUGUUCUUUCUUCACCAUACGAUGGUAGACAGAAUCAUCACCCUUUGGCAAGCUCUGUAUCCGACUUCGUGGGUGGUACCCCAGGUUGCGAUGGAACAUUCGUUCACCAUGCCGCCGGGUACGGUUCAGGACGUACUCACUGACCUAAAGCCCUUCUUUGCCAAUACCAGCGGCGCAUUUUGGAAUUCUGCCAUGGCAAGAGAUACGUUGCCAUUUGGGUACGCAUACGCUGAGACGAGUCCUACGCCGGGAAGCUCUAGAGCUGAAGAUCGGGCACGCCUCAUAUCCGCAAUCAACAGGCUCUACGGAUCGUCCAGCCCCUCGACUCUGGUCCAAAAGCGUCGAACAGCCUUAUCGAGUCGCGAUCGGGGACCCUUUACACCGAUUCGCAAAGGCACUGUCCUGGCCGAUGGGUUCACGGACUUCUCACGCGAGCCCCAAGUCGCCUCGAAACUUCUCAACAACGACAACGUCUACACAGAGUGGAUCGCCAACGUACAUGUGCAGAAUGGGGCGCUGAACGGUUCUUUUUCGAUCCAUUUCUUCAUUGGCCAGACCCCCCAGGACUCGAGUUCUUGGUCUGCAGCGCCGAAUCUGGUUGGGUCGAUGGACGUCUUCGCUAUGAAGAACAUGGGUUCUGGGAACCAUAUGUCAGGGACCGUUCCUUUAACGUCAGCUCUCAUGCACAUGGUGGCAGCUGGAGGAGUGGCAGGGCUAGACCCAGGCCAAAUCGAGCCGUACUUAAAGACAUUUCUUCAAGUUCGCGUGGUUGCAGAGAAUGGCAAGGUGGUACAGCCCAGGUCCAUUGACAGUCUGUACAUUCAGAUUGCGAGUUCUGAGGUCCAGGCGGCCAGGAACGAGUGGGAGCUUCCCAGUUGGGGCCCAGUGGUCGCGAGGUUCGAAUUGGACCUUGCUUGA